AUGCGCAACGCCAUACACAUUGCGCUGCUGGCCGCUGCAGCAGGAACGACCGCCCAGCUAACUUUGCCGUGGACGACUGACACUUUGAGCGCCAACUACUCUUUGCCUGAGCCGGACGGCCCGUGGCAAGCUCCUUGCGUGUUUGUCAAUGGAGUACCGAUUCCUCUGUGGCCCAGCGGUUCUAGCGCUACCGUACUCCUGACUCAGGAUGUGAACGGCAGCUACAUCCCCAGCACAUCGGCCAACAAGACAGGAAAGUCACGAGGGGCUGUCGAUGCAUGGUUCAGUACAUACUUUCUCUCAGGAUCGUUCUAUGGUUCCGAAUACUAUGACGAGGUGCAAAUGCGAACAAAGCUGGGCACCUCCGGAGAACUUGACGUGAACUCAACCAUCGUCGCCGCCAACAAAUGGAGAAGCAGCAAUGCCGACACCAACCCCAUACCCAAUGUCAUGCCUACAAUCGGCUUUCUUGGCCUUGGCCCCAAAGAAUCCCCGAGCGACGACAAAACGGUCGGUUCGAUUUUGGAGCAGCUGAAGGCAGCCGGCGGCAUCAAGAGAUCAGCUUGGAGUUUACAUAUGGGUAGCGCUGCUCUGGACCUCCCCGGAUCACUCGUUCUCGGUGCCUAUGAGCAGAACAGAGCACUUGGGGAUGUCGGCCAAUUUGCGAUACAGCGAGGCCUCCCGACAGUCUUUCUUCGAGACGUUUUCAUGGGGACGGAGGUCGGCGCAGCCUCUUCCUUUCCAGCAUCGCCGAACGCAAGUUUUUGGGUUGAGCCCAAAGGUUUGGGAGCUGAUUACGUCAAGACCUUUGGCGGCGCACAAGGCUCGGCCAUAGCAACACCAAACCCUGUGUCGCCUUACAUCUAUCUCCCGACUGGCGUAUGUGAAGCCAUCGCUGAGAAUCUGGGGUUGACCUACCACAACGGCACGGGACUAUAUCUGUGGGAGUCAAGUCGCAAUGGCUCUCUCAACGACUUUAUCAACUCUCCGUCUUACCUCGGCUUCGUACUUUCGGACAGUACUGUCACCAACUUGACGAUCAAAGUGCCUUUCAAGCUCCUCAACUUGACAUUGAGUGCUCCAUUAGUGGAAAAAGACGUCAACUACUUCCCUUGCAAAUCGUUCGACGAGUCAAUUGCUGGUCAAUGGCAACUCGGUCGGGCCUUCCUACAAGCUGCAUUCUUAGGUGUCGACUACGAUAGCAACUUCAUGUACAUGGCGCAAGCACCUGGGCCUGGCAUUGAACAAAGUAUUGUGCAGAGCUUUGACGGUUCAAUCAUCAAAUCGAACGCCGCCGAGUCUUUUUCAAAGUCCUGGAGCAACUAUUGGACAGUUACACCUCUUGAAGAAGACAAUUUGGUCAACAAAGACAAAGGGAUGACGGCAGGUGGUACAGCUGGGAUCGUCAUGGCUGCGAUUGUCGGUGUCACAGUGGUAUUGUGGUUCCUGCGACGUGGCAGAAAAAGAAGACAGGGUCCAGAUGCCCCGUCGGAUUACAUUGACAAAGCGGUUGUUUGGUUCAACAUAAGACGAGGGAAGAGUCGCAGAAGCACCGUCCUAAGUGACACAAGCUCAAAUGCUGAUACGGAGAAGGGAUUUGCGAUGGAUCAAAAAGGGGUAAACGAGGUAAAUGGAGAUUAUCUGCCGCCUGAGAUAGGCGGACCAGAGUACGACGCCAAGGAGUUAGAUUCAACAGCAAAACCGGCGGAGAUAGAUUCCAGAUCCAGACCGGUAGAGAUUGACUCACGGUCGAGGCCUGCAGAGAUGGCAACCCCUUUCUCUCAUGCUGCCGGCUAUCCUAGAUACGAGAUGCCAGCUAACCCGAUAGCAUAUGAGCUUCCUGGAAGCCUCGACAGGGUGAGAAGUUAA